UGCCAGUCCAGUGACGAAGGGAGAAGCUCCAGAAGAAUCAAGUAAAUCUUCUCAUGGAGUCGAGAGAUGAGGCCGCCGUUGUAGUAAUUGGUGGAAUGGUUCUUGAUGUUAAUGCAACCGCUUCUUCCAUGGCUGCUAAUCCGCGAACUACGGUUCCUGGAAAGGUUAGUGUUAUUUUCAAGCUGUAAAGCUACAAUGAGAACCAAAAUGAAAAUGGCAAAAUGAAGGCCGGAGACUCUGAGAUUAUCUGUUAUACCUGGGACUUGCUUCUUCAGGUUCUGUAUAUGUUAGGAGGUGUUGGAAGAAAUGUUGCCGAAUGCAUGUCGAAGCUAGGAGAGAAGCCUUUCAUGAUAAGUGUUGUAGGAUAUGAUCUGGCAGGAAGCUUCUUGUUGGAAUCCUGGAAAUAUGCUGGAUUGUCUGAUGAAGGCAUUCAGAGAAAGCAAGAUAUUGAUACUGGUGUGGUUUGCAACGUCUUUGAUGGUAAAGGAGAAUUGGCUGCUGGCAUUGCUAGCGCAGAAGCAAUCGAAAAGUUCCUUACUCCACAAUGGAUUGGAAACUUCAAGUCCAAAAUCUGUUCUGCUCCUAUGUUGAUGCUUGAUGCAAAUUUAAGUGAUUCUGCUCUUCUUGCAUCUUGUCAAUUGGCAGUGGAAUGUCGAACUCCUGUAUGGUUUGAGCCUGUAUCAGUUACAAAAUCGAAAAGAAUUGCUUCCAUCGUGAGACAUGUAACUUUCACCUCGCCCAAUGAAGACGAGCUCAUAGCAAUGGCAAAUGUUCUGUCUCCAGGGGACAAAUUCUCACCAAUUCCAAGGGAUAACGACACUGCUAAUUUAUCUAUAGGAUCAUUAUUUCAAAUGCUAAAGCCGGCUAUAUGGGUUUUGCUACAUAGCGGUGUUCGUAUCGUAGUUGCUACACUCGGAUCACACGGUGUGUUCUUAUGCUUUGAAGCAACAUACGGAGCUAAAAGACACGAUCAUACUAGAAAAGCAUCCUCUUCUUUUAGUACGAAAUUAUAUGAUUCGAUAAACCUAUGUUGCGUGUCGAAUAGCAUCUUAAGCUCUCGGAAGACUAAUCGAAGAAGCUCUUACAUUGCCAUACAUUUUCCGGCACUGCCUGCCUCAGUAGCGAGGCUUACCGGCGCCGGAGAUUGCUUAGUCGGUGCCACCAUAGCUUCUUACUGUGCCGGUUUAGAUAUAAUGCAAAGUGUUGCAGUCGGCAUUGCUGCAGCAAAAGGGGCUGUUGAGUCUGAGCUCAAUGUUCCUGCUGACUACGAAUUAACCAAAAUUUCAGGUACCAUCGUUUGCAGUUUUCUUAGUUUAAUGUUUUGUUUUCGAUUUUGCUGUUUUGCCCAUGAUUUUCCCUGCAGAUGACGCGGCUUCUGUCUAUUCCAAUGCAAAAGUUGUGUUCUGUGAAUCGAAGCUGUAACCAUACCUUGUGGUUAUUAUUACAGAUCGAGCAUUGCAACAUGUCGGGUAUGUACACUUUAUGGCAUUCUUGCAUCGGAUGAGUUCGAUUUGCUUUCGUAAUUUAUAUACAUACUUGUGGAGAAAAGUUUGCCAUGUGGUUAAUUGAUCGAACCUGUUAUUGGCUGUGUUCUUUUUUGUGUUUUCCUAUGUUUUCGUUUUUGUUUGAUUUUUGUAAGUAAAAUUGCGAUGUUUUGAAUGUAAAAUAUGUAUAUGCCUUUGUUGGGAAGAACACAAGGUAAGAAGCAAAAGAGUAUUGGAAGAAUUAUUUUACAAGUAGAAAAGAUAAAUUGAAAUG